AUGGACUAUUAUAACGUAAGCGACACAUCAGCCGAUGAUGUUUACGGGCCAGAGUCAAACGACAGGAUUCUCUUCUUAAUUUUUGUCUCGUUGCUCAUUGUCGCAACAAUUGCUGGCAAUAGCUUCGUGGUCGUGGCAGUCUGCACAUUCCGCGAGUUGAGGACGGUGACAAACUACUUUGUCGUUUCAUUGGCUUCAGCAGAUUUAGCCGUUGCUCUACUGGCGAUGCCCGCGUGGCUCAUAAUCGAGGUUGUGCCCAUCGAGAAUGUACUGCUGCUAGAUUUAACGACCAAAUGGAUUGAUCCAUUCUGCUGUUCCGCUUCCAUCGUUAACGCCACUUUGGUUUCCAUUGACCGUUACUACGCCAUCACCAGGCCGUUACGCUAUAAAACGGUGGUGACACCGCGUCUGGCCAAGCGUUCCAUAGCAGCUGUCUGGGGAUUUUCUGUGUUCAUAGCUGGGAUUUCCUUUCUGAUAUUUCAUGAGAACAUAAAGGUUACACAUGGUUACGUGAUCUUUCUGUUCAUAUCACUAUUCUGUUUCCCUCUGGGCAUCAUGUCGUUCGCUUACAUGACCAUCUGCAGGGCGGCCAUCAACCAGCUUUCCAAGAUGCAGUCCACGAGACCCGGCACAGCUUCAAACGACCAAGGGAAGAGGAGUUCCUAUACGUUCGAGCGACGGAAACGCUUCUUCAGAGAACUGAAGAUCACUAAAAUGCUUGCAAUUAUUGUAAGUCUUUUCGUCAUCUGCUGGAGUCCAUUUCUAGUGGUGACCCUCAUUGAGGCGUUCACCGACCAUGAAAUUCCAAUGGAGGCUGCAGGGGUAAUUGUGUUCCUUCCCUACGUUCUCUCUUGUGCGAACCCAUGGAUAUACACUGGCAUGAACAGGGACUUUCGCCUAGCUUUCAAGAAGCUCUUCUGUAGCUCAAAGAUUUUAUGCCGCAACAUCUCUCGGGAGAGGGACAUAAAUGAGCGAAGAUUACGACAAAUACCCUCAAUAACAGUUGAUGACACUUUAAUUUCAAACUGGUCGCGACAUUCUCAGAGAAGGGUUUCUUCCGGUGGAGUAGAAAUGAGCUUUAAUACCACCAAUGUUUAG